CGUCUCGGUCUCAGUGUGUCAGUGGCAGCGGUGCGCUCCAAAUGUCCAUUUUGUCAGUCUGAACCGAUCGGGAUUGUUGUUGGCACAUUCGGUUCCCUUCCUGUUUUAUUUUCCGACCGAGUUCUCGUUUUAGUACGUUCGUUGCAUACUGUAGUGACAUCCAGUGAUUCAAGAUGUCUGUUAUCGGGAUUGACUUCGGUAAUGAUUGUUGCUAUAUCGCCGUUGCGAGACAAGGUGGCAUUGAAACCAUUGCAAACGACUACUCUCUGCGGCAGACUCCGUCAUGUGUUGCCUUCGGAGAGAAAAACCGCAUCCUUGGUGUUGCUGCCAAAAAUCAGAUGACCACCAAUAUGAAAAACACACUAUGUGGGUUCAAAAGAUUAUUGGGAAGAAAUUACAGGGACCCAAAAGUACAAGCAGAACUGUCACGACUUCAUUAUCGUGUGGUUGAGCAGCCUGAUAAAUCUGUAGGAAUUGCAGUUCGAUAUAUGAAUGAGGAGCAAACCUUUUCUCCAAUUCAGAUUACAGCUAUGCUUUUUACAAAGUUGAAGCACACUGCUGAGCAAGCCCUGGGUAUUAAAGUAAACGAUGUUGUAAUAGGGGUACCCUGUUAUUUUACUGAUAGUGAACGUAGAGCUGCUUUGGAUGCAGCAUGUACAGCUGGUCUGAAUGUGUUGCGUCUAAUGAAUGAAAGUACAGCUGUUGCCUUAGCCUAUGGUAUUUAUAAGCAAGACCUUCCAGCGCCAGAAGAGAAACCCAGAAAUGUGGUGUUUGUUGACUUUGGUAAUUCUUGUUUACAAGUUUGUGCAGUUGCCUUUAAUAAGGGCAAGCUGAAGAUGUUAGCAUCUAGUGCUGAUUCUAAUUGUGGUGGCCGAGAUAUUGACUACCUUCUUGCAGUACAUUUUGCUAAUGACUUUAAGUCAAGGUAUAAGAUUGAUGCUACUUCAAACCCUCGUGCAUGGGUGCGUCUUCUUACUGAAGUAGAAAAAUUGAAGAAGCAGAUGUCUGCAAAUGCUACUGACCUCCCAAUUGGUAUUGAAUGUUUUAUGGAUGAUAAGGAUGUUAGUUCUAAGAUGAAUAGGGCAACUAUGGAGGAACUAGCUGGUCCUCUUUUUAGGAGAGUUGAAUCCACCCUUCAAACAUGUCUGAUAGAUUCCGGUUUGAAAUUAGAUGAAAUCUAUGGCAUUGAGAUAGUGGGAGGAUCAACCCGUAUUCCAGCACUUAAGCAGAUGAUAGAAAAGGUAUUCAACAAAACUCCAUCAACAACCCUUAACCAAGAUGAGGCUGUUGCUCGUGGCUGUGCUCUUCAGUGUGCAAUGCUCUCGCCUGCAAUUAAGGUGCGAGAGUUUUCUGUAACUGAUGUCCAGCCUUACAGUAUUCGCUUAGUUUGGCAAGAUGAGAACAAUCAAGAAGGAGAUAUGGAAGUUUUCUCAAAGAAUCAUCAGGUGCCAUUUUCCAAAAUGCUUACUUUCUAUCGACGAGAACCUUUUGUCCUUCAAGCCCAGUACUCCAACCCUUCAACAUUUCCAGAUCCAAUUAUUGGUCAUUUCACUGUAAAGAAUGUAUCACCUGGACCAGAAGGAGAAAAUCAAAAGGUUAAAGUGAAAGUGAGAAUAAAUCUGCAUGGGCUCUUUACUGUAGCUUCAGCAUCAUUAGCCGAGAAAAAAGAAACUAUAGAAGAGUCUCAGGAGUCAAUGGACAUUGAAGAUAAACCCCAGGAGAAGGAAUCAGGAGAAGGGGAAGCUAACAACCAAGAGGGUGGCUCAGGAAAUAAAACUCCUCCAGCAGAUUCUGGAAAUCAGGAACAAAAAGGGGAAUCUGAGAAAGCAUCUGAAGCCCCAGCAACAGGGAAGACUGAAGGCGAAAAGAAAGGGAAGAAAGUCUUCAAGACAGUUGAACUGCCAGUGGAAGAAGUAGUCAAAGCAAAUACCCAGACCCAACUAAAUCUAUUAGUAGAAAGAGAGGCUCAAAUGGUUCAGAAUGAUAAGCUUGAAAAUGAACGUAUUAAUGCAAAGAAUGCUGUAGAAGAGUACGUCUAUGACAUUCGUGGCCGCAUUUACGCUGAACUAGAACAGUACAUCAGUGAAGCAGAUAGAGAAAAACUUAGUCUUUUAUUAGAGGACACUGAAAACUGGCUAUAUGAGGAUGGUGAAGAUUGUCAAAAACAAAUUUAUGUAGAUAAAUUAGCCGAGUUAAAGAAACAUGGUGAACCCAUUAAGGAUAGACAACGAGAGCGAUCAGAACUCCCCAAUGCCUUUGAUACCCUUCUAAUUUCAAUCCAGUUAUCUCGCAAGGUGUCAGAGCAGUUCCGAGAAGGAAAUGAGAAGUUUGCCCAUCUUGAUAGUGCUCAGAUUGAAAAGGUAGAAAAGGCCAUUGCAGAAAAACAGGAAUGGGUAGAUAAAAAUAUGGGCUUAUUGUCAGCUACUCCGUUGCACGUGAAUGUACCUAUUACAGCUUCUCAAGUCCGAUCUGAAAAGAGUUCCUUUGAUGCUCUUGUUAACCCUAUUAUCAAUAAACCAAAGCCUAAGCCAAAGGUUGAAGAGCCUCCACCAGCAGAUAAGAAAGGAGAAAAAACUGAGGGUGAUCAGCCCAAUGGACCUAAAACAGAAGAUCAGCAACAGCAGCCAUCUGAUAAGCCUUCAGAACCAAUGGAUGUUGAUUAAUGACAAAGUUCAACGGAAUUUAAUGUUAUAAAGAAAUUAUAGGGUUAAGUUUCUAAAUAAUGCUUUGUUAACAAGAUUACAUUGCAGUUAUGCACACAAGCUGAUAAUAAAGAUGCUAAAUUAAUGUUAAUGCUUUCCAGGCAGAGUUGAAGUCAGUUGAUUUCCCCAUAUAUUAUGUCAAUAUAAGACUUGCUUUCAUUAAUUUAAGUGACAAUUAGUGUUUUUUGUAGUCACUAUGAGGACUUUGGUGAUAAAAUGUGCCCCUGUAUGUAGUACAGUACAUAGUUUUUUGUAGUAUUAAUUUUCCAUCUAAGGCAUUGCCUAGUAAGUUGAUAUACUUCAUUUCCGUGCAUCAUAAAAGCAUUAUUUAUGUACAUACUUUUUUCACAUUAAUAUAGAUCUCAACUUCAUAUUGAAGUUUUGGGUUUCCUAAUCAAGGUCUUGUAUUUUGCAUUAAUUUCUUUU